AUGGACGCACCUCGAUCGUGUAUCCUCUUGUACGGCAAUGCUGAGGCCAGACCAUUCAAUCUCGCCACCGCCCCCGUGUUAAACUUCACAGAGGGCUCCGUUGUAGGAAAUCUCGGGGCCUCGCCAAGGAUGCGCGUACAUCACGAAUCGAAGUCGUCAGGGUCGAGCCACGCUUCGUCUUCGACUACUGCAGCCACCGCGGCUGUUGGUGUCGCGGACAGCAAAUGGAGACGCAUCAAGCGCGAGAACACGCUGCGCAACGACAUCCACUUGUACAACAAAGUCAUCAUCUCCGGUCCGGCUGACUACAUCGUGGUCACGGAAAGUGACGUUCGGGAGACCGGUUCGGGGGCUGCAGACCGUCUCCAAUGGGCCAAAAUGUUCGGGCUCGAGAGGUUUGUGGGCUGCCUCCGCCAAGCAGUCUUCGAGCCGGGCGCGAUUAUCGUCCGAGAGGGUCAUCAACUCAGUCAUUUGUAUCUAAUCGUUGAAGGCGAGUGCCGAGCUUCGGUCGAGCGUGAUGACACCAACAGGCCAAGCACUGUCCAGUUCACUGAUGCCUCGUCAACCAGCUCCAAGCUACCGCUCACAACCGCAGAGGCCCAACUACGCCACGCACGCAAAUUUCGCUGGAGCGACGAUUUUCAGCUGCCUGUCGCCUCUCUCGGCCAGAAAUCUGCAGUGGGAGACAUCUCACUCGUGCUUGGAAUUCCGGAGCCCACUACCGUCCGAGCUGUCACCACAGUACACGCCCUCUCAUUGUCCCAGGAAGAUUUCUUGCGCGAGAGCAGCGAUCGGCAUGAUCCAGUCGUGUUGGCGUGCAUCGAAAAAUUGCAGAGUACGGCAUACGACACUCUGCGGUUUGUACUGGAGCGCGUCGAAAUCGAGGCCAAGAACGAGCACUGCGACCAGCGCCUCAAGAUCGAUUUGCUGCGUGACAUUUUGCGCCACAAACAACCAGUGAUCCAGGGGGACAAGCAGUUGUCAGAUCUGUCGUCAGUCUCCAGUGCGAAUGGGCGGGGUGCCUCUGCUGAGCGUACCUCCUCUUCGUAUGAUUCCGGUCGAGCACAAUCUCCUGCUGGGACUUCCACCGCUGGAGUUCCAUCCCGCGUCAUGUCACUUCCGUCGGUAGUAUUGAGGCACGUCGCUGCCAAUGCGGAGGACAAAAAGCUGCGAGCUCGCAACCAAAUCGGCAAUUUCGCCGCCAUCUCCGGUGAGGACGUCGUUGAACCCGUCGAGAGCCCAACACGGAUGACUCGGCAACAACGGAAGGCAGCGCGGGCCUUCGCGAACUUGCAACACCCCGUUGCUGGCAAGAGUCUCGGAGACUACGUGCAGAUGCCUGUCAAAACUACCAUUGUUGAUACACUCGCCGCAGAUCAGCCCACGAAGCCGGCCUCGGACGAUCUUCUCUUCCUGUUCCCCACUGUAACCAAGCGCCGACAACUCCACGGGAAGUAUCGAGGCUAUGACGCCGUCCCAGCAGAAUAG